CGGAUGUGAAUUUGGGAUAGCGAAAAUGAAAAAGCGAUUUGAAUUCUUUUCUAUAUUCCUUAUAAUUGUGGAAAUAUGGACAGUGUGUUCGCAACCAAGAGAAGGCGAAUUUAUUUCAACUACUAGUUUACCAAACGAGGAGAAUAAAACUACAUUGAAUUAUGAUGCAGUUAUAUUUAAUUUAAAAGAUCAAUUGGCACAGUGUCGAGCAGAGAAUAAAACUCAAACAGAUACUGAUCUUUUAACCAUAUUACGUCGUAUCCAAAAACUUGAAACGAAUAAUAAUAAUAAUAAUAACGAUAUCGAAUUCGAAUUGAAAUUAAAAGAAAAGGUUGAGAUAAUCGCUGCUCAAAAAACUCAGUUAAAGAAUAAACUAAAACUUUUGGAUGACGAAAUAAAUGAAACUAUUAAAGCUAGGCAGGAAGCAUCCGAUUACAUGGAGCAAAUAAAGAAAUUGCAAUUAACUAUAGCAUCUCAGAAUGCUACCAUCAAUCAAAAUAAUGCUGAAAUCGGAGAAUUAAAGUCCGAGCUCAAUAAAAAAAACAAUGAAAUUCAGAAAGAGAAAGAGGAGAGAAAAUCAAUUAAAAGUCGGCAAUUUUCGUGUGAGGGACGCGAAAUUAACCUGGCCACCAAACAUCAAGGUUCACAACAUCAGCUGAUGCAUUGCGAAUUUGACCAAAAUAGUACUGAAUAUUAUCUGCGGCGUAAUGAACAUAAAUUAAACGAAUGCCUUAAACUGGCUGCUACACUACCUAAACGCUUUCCCACCUCGUGUUUGAACUUGACGAGUGGUAUCCAUGAGAUACAAAUUCGAAAGGGAAAUCCUUUUCAAGUGCUAUGCGAUGGUGAUGGUUGGAUGAUCAUUCAGCGACGAUUCAAUGGAAGUCAAGAUUUCGAUAAGAGCUGGGAGGAAUACGUUAAUGGAUUUGGCGACUUGAAUGGAGAGUUCUUCAUGGGUUUGGAAAAACAGCAUCUUGUAACCAGUUUAAAAAAACACGAUAUGCACUUUAAAUUAACAUCUAUAAGGGGCGUAUCUAUGGGAAAAUAUGAUAACUUUAGGAUUGGAAAUGCAGCAUCUCACUACACAUUGCAAUCAAUAGGAAAAUUUUAUGCCAUUCAGGUAGAAAAUAAUUUGGAAAGGCAUGUCAAUCAGAAAUUUACAACAUAUGAUAGAAAUAAUAUUCCAAAUGGUUAUAAAAAUUGCGCUGCAAAUGGAAUGGGCGGAUGGUGGUAUCCAGAAUAUUGUGGCGAUAGUAAUCUAAAUGCACCAUUGGGAAAGGAUAGUGGUAUAGUUUGGUUCUGGACAGGUGGAACCUCUUCAAUCAUGAAAAUUCGACAACAUGGAUAUUGAAAAGUCUUAUCUUAUUUUCUUACUCUUUUAUUGAUUUAUAACGAAUUAAAUUGUGUUAUGCUAAGCGCAGUUUAAUAAUUCCCCUAUUUCUAUUGCUUUGAUUGUUUUGUUUUUUCAUUGCAGCAAACUGUAUAUUAUAU